GCGUGCACGUUCGGUUGCCUUGACAACCUGGUACUGUUGAUGGUCGUCAGGACUUUACUUCUUCUUCUUCUUCAUCAUCAUCACCUCUUCUUCUCCUUCUUCUUCUUCUCCUCCCUGACCGAGCCGCAUCACCACCGCCCACCAUCUUCCAGGAAAUGACCCGAGCUGCUGGAAGAGGAGCCGCCUCAUUCCGCUGAGUCCACCCGGCUCCAGAGCUCUCAGUGCGGGGGACAGACGCCUGUUGUGUAACCGCAUCACCGGUAGUUCGGCCUCAGCCGGAGAAGUUCGCUGCUCCAUCACCGCCGAGCCUCCACCCUCCUCCCACCCGGUUCACAGCCACAUCAGCGCCGAGCCUCCAGCCUCCUCCCGCCCGGUUCACCGCCGCAGCACCGCAGACUUCACGCGCCGCCCGCCCGGUUCACCGCCGCCAUGUCCACGCAGAUCGAUAAGGAGGCUUGUAGAGAAGCUUACAACGAGGUGCGGGACGACAACACGGACACCAGCUGGGCUGCGUUCAAAUACGAGGGCCCCAGGAUCGUACCUGCGGGACAAGGCACCGACUAUGAGGACUUCAAGAGGAUGUGCACAGAUGACGCUCGUCUGUUCGGCUUCAUCCGGAUCACGACGGGAGACGCCAUGAGCAAACGAGCCAAGUUCACCCUCAUCACCUGGAUCGGCGAGAAUAUCAGCGGGCUGCAGCGCGCCAAGAUCAGCACCGACAAGACCCUGGUGAAAGACAUCGUGCAGAACUUUGCUAAGGAGUUCAUGAUCAGUGACCUGAGGGAACUGGACGAGGACUACAUCCGCACGGAGCUGAAGAAGGCCGGUGGAGCCAACUACGAUGCUCAGGCCGAGUAGAGAAGUGCCACAUUCCACUGGAAGUGUCGGGGUCGGGGUGGGGGUAUGGAGGGAAAGGGGGUCGGGGUGGGGUAGGGUUUUGGCGGGGUUGGAAUAAGUGGGGUUGGGGAGUGUUGGGGCAGGGCUGCUACCUCUCGGGGAGAGGGCGUGGCAGGAAGGAGAGGUCACCUGCAGAAAAUAAGAGAAGCACGCGCCAAGCACAAACAUUUUACUUUCAAAGCGACGUCUGGCAAAUGAACAGAUGCAAACACACAGCAGAGCCAGAGUGAGUGUUCCAAACACUCGUCAAACAAAACGCUGCCUGAUAAUAACUCAUUGUGAACACUCAUUUAACAGCUUCUUAAUAAUCUCUCAGCAGCAGCUUUUUCAUGUGUAUCGGCAGAGAUGUUAUUGGUGCCCCUCAAAAUUCACUUGACUUUAAAGUGAGUGCAUGAACAUACUUACUUCCAUCUGUCUGUGUAGCUGUAAGAUACGAAAAGAGCCGAAUCAUCACUGAACAAGGAGACGUCACUGAAUUGUUAAAGAAAUAUUAAAACUUUGGAAUUGCACCUUUUUUGCUGUUUCCCAGCUUUACAUGAGAAACGUGAGUCUCUUGUCAUUCGAGUUGAUUUGCAGCUGGAGCCAGAUGCUGGUUAGUUUAACUUCCGUCUGACUCUGGAACAGAUCCCAGACCAGCACCUCUACAGCUCAAUAAUUAGCAGUUUAUGUCUCGUUACGUUAUGUGUCCACAAACAAGAGUGUGAAAAUGACACGGAAGCAGUUGCCAGGCAACAAGCAGAGACUCUCGGACGUCACCAGGGAGUUUUCAAACCUUUGCAGAAAUAAAUCAAAUGAAAAAUCAUAUAAACAAAUAGAAAUCGGCUGUGAUCUUUUUGCACGCGCCCUCGGGUUCGACGUUAUUUCGGUGAUGACGGAUGUCUGUCCCACGAGUAACCCACAGUAAAAUGACAAAUUAUCAGUUUGACCUUGUGUUUUGGACCAAUUGAACAAAUGCGAUCAGAUAUAUUGAUUAACGACCUGUAGACCUAUUGGCUUGUGUAUUUUCUUACACCCUGUUUCUGCACACACGCCGUCGCUCUGACAGAACGCAGAUUAUGUGCGAUCGUUUUCAUGCUGGCUUGAUGCAAACGUACGAGCAGGUCCUCUCCUCUCCCGCCCGCCGCCCUCUCCCCAGUCAGCUCAUGGUUGGUUAUCUACUGUGCAUCAUCAUCUCACACUCAUCCUCAUCUCAGCUGAGCCGCAGCUGAGCAGAGUGAAGUUAACAUCGAGGCCUCGGCCCGGUCUGAGUUUUCAUGUAAUGAGGAUGUGAUCAGCUCGAGGGUUUCCCUUCAACGCGCCGUACUGUGAUCGUGGAACAUGUUUUAGACUGUUCGUAACUUAACUGGAUGGGAAGUGACUUCAUUGAUGAAGUGGCUGCAGCAACCUGCAGGCAUGUGCUUUGACACCAGAACAUGCUCCUAGUCGUGACACACUGAACCGCCCGGAGGAAAAGAUCUCCAGAUGGUUUUCAGCUCACUGUGAGGAAGCGUCAUCAAGUUCACAUUUAGCCACUUCUGCAUUUCCAGCCAGACAGUUGAGUUUGCGUUACAUCCUCAAGGUCGAGGCUGACUCUGAUUCAUCCUCCUGUUUUCAUACUCAAGCGUUGUUCUGUGAAUCUCUUUUAUCAGCGGUCCACCUGUGUCUUACUGUGUUUGUACUGUUCACUUUCUCCUCCAGUUUCUGUAGGAAAUAGUUGAUGUUAGAAUUUUCCAGAGCUGGAACAGAAUCUGUAGACGAGUUCACGUCAAAGAACGAGACUCUGAUCCCUCAGCAGCACGUCGUCUUUGAGAGCGGAGAUCUUUUCCUCUGGUGUCUCAUCUGAAAGGUAUCCAUGAUAUACUGUAACCUACUGUGUUUGACUGCCUUAGUCUCCCAUGGAGAGAGGGGCAUCAUGGGAGUCUGUGGACACUACACUGUGAUUGGCUAUCCUCCAUACAUGUGAGCGGGACUUUGAUUGGCACGCACGUCAUCAAUGCAUGAGCCUGGGCUUGUCAUCUGAACCCAGGAGGAGCCGUUUCUCGGUUGUAGCAUCUCUUUUUAUUAAUUUAACCCCCCCCCUUCCCCCCUGCAAAAAAUAGGACUUUUUUUAUUUUGUUUUAUUUUUGAGAUGAAUUUUAUCUUCUCUUAAGGGUUUGACCUCUUUGUUUUCAUUUUUAAGAGCAUUGUUGUCUAGGAUAUUGGUGGAAGAGAUUUUCAAAAAAUAAUGCAAGAAAAAGAAAGAAAACUGGCACAAAAUCAGUCAUUUCAAAAUAAAAUUUGAUGUUUUUUCUUUUACAAAA